CAUGCAAUUUACAUAGCCUGUCAAUCUGAAUGCUGUUCUGUGUUAGCGGCGAGCGUAGGCCAGCCUUGACGCGACCCAUCCAUUCGUCGGGAACUCCUGCCUGCCUUACCUACACCCAAUGCAGACACGAACCAUAUGCAGCAUUUAAACUGAACUGGGUCACUGAAUGCCGGGACGCUAGGAAUCCAACUGUCACAGCGGCUUGCUCGCAUGCCACAUCACCAUUCGGCCAAUCCGCAGCUGCAGUUGCCGUCCUCCCCCAUUACCAUCCCGCCCGGCGCCUUAUCAUCACCUGUGCUGGACCACGACUCGACGGCCGUGAAAGCUUUGACAACAGUCAUGCGGGUACCGGUAGCGUAUUCAGUUACGCGACGCAGCUCUACAACGGCACUCAACCGCUGCACAUCGAGGGCAUCCCGCACAGCUACGCAUGGGUGCCGUUCCGGGGGGCCCUCUACCUGCCGCUGUGGCUGCCCAACGGCCACCACGAGUGGUGGCGGCUGCGACGGGUGCCCAAACCGGUGCCCAGGGAGGUGAUGGUGGGACCCUGGACCGCAGCGGAGGGGGCGGCGGAGGAUGCGGCGGAGGGUGACAGUAACGUCCUCCAAUCCUCAGGGACGGACCAACCCACCAGCAGCAGCAGCAGCAGCAGCAGCAGCAUGGGGCAGUUCACAGCUGCAUCCAUUCGGACUGCGGAAACUGCAUCGGCAGCGGCGACCGUUGCUGUUGACACUGGCAUGGUGUUCGCACGUGCGGCAGCAGCAGCGGCAGUGGGG